AUGCUUCGCAUGCGCCCCCGCCAAGCAAGCUUCUUUUCCAUCACAAACUUGUUACACCGCCGACUUGAGUAAACAGACGACAGCACGAUUUGAUAGAUUGUGAAGCGGGAAGCACGACCGACGACACCACUUAGCGACAUCAAUCCUUUGGUGAAGGAAAUCAGCAGUUCCAGAGCAAACGCCGCUAGACCUCCAUCCUCAGCGCAAAAGCCAUUUACCAAACCGGCCGACGAGGCCUACUACAACUCAGUCGACAAAAACCUCCACAAUGCCAUUCAUGUCCAACAUCUCGACGUUCUCCUUCAACAAGGAGAGCUUCUGGGCCGCGGGCGGGUUUAUGUUCAUUAAGAAUCUCUUGCUGUUUAUCAAUUUCCUGUCGUUGCUGGCCGGGCUAAUCCUGAUCGGCGCCGGCUCGUACCUCCUCACCUCCUCGGGUCCCGUCGCGGGCGACCUCCUCAACCUCGGCCGCACGGUGGCCUCCGCCGGCAUCGCCAUCGGGGUAAUCGUCACGAUCGUCUCCUUCCUCGGCUGCUUCGGCGCCGCCAACGAAAAGGGCAUGCUGCUCAAAACCUACUUCGCCCUCCUGAUCCUCCUCGUCAUCCUCGAAAUCUCCGUCGGGAUCGCGGCGUACACGAAACGCAACGAGAUCGAUUCCGGGAUCGAGGGCGCGUGGACCACCGCCUACGCGACCAAUUCCACCGGCGCGCAUUCGGCGCUGGUCAGUGUCGAGAUGACGUUCUCGUGCUGUGGGUUGCGCGAUGUCACCGAUAUGGCUGUCCCCGGGAACUGCGAGGAGCUGUUUGCGUACACCCGGUCGUGCAGUGAGGCUGUUAAAGGGUCGUUGGAGGGGUCGUUGGGGGCGAUUGGCGGUGCGGGCGUGGUGAUUGGGGUGAUUGAGCUGGUGGGGUUGGCUUUUUCGGCGAUCUUGUUUAGGAAGAUUGCGCAGAGGGAGCAGGCUGCUGGAAGUCUUCUGAAUGAGGCUUGGAGGAUCAAUAGGAAUAAGAUCCAGUAUGGGUACCAGAACUAUCAGUAUGUUUAGAUGGUACUGGGUGGGGAUGGGGAUGAGUUUCGGACUAUUUUGGGGGAGCGCUGGGGAGAUUCUUUGUCAUCGAACAUCACAAGUGCAUGUGUAAUGCGGACUACUUAUACCAAUCACAUCAUUCAACUCUCAUGCAUGUUCGCGUAGUG